AUGAUAGCGCCGGCAAACGUGCGUGGUGGAUCAUAUACGUAUAAAUUGUCUCAUUUAUGCAUUAUUUGUGGUUCUCUUGCAAUAGUAAUUGGACUUAUUCUUAUUGUCGUUGGUGUUAUAUAUGAAGUAGAAAAUACUAAAUUUAUUGGUAUUGGUUUAAUUAGUUUUGGAGUUUUAUGUUUUCUUUUUAAAAUUAUUUAUUUUUAUGGUAAAUUGGACAUAUGUUAUAAUAAUUGGAUUUAUCGAACUCGUGUUGUACCAAUAAAUCAUGGAACUUCUCAACCAAGACCAGCAGGUGCAUUAUCGACUUCUCCUCGUCCUAAAACACCUGGAACGACACAAAAACCAUCAUAUAUAAUACCACCUGAACCUCCAACACGUAAAACAGUAAUAUCUGAUAUAGAAAUUCAUAACGUUCUAACUGAACAAUCAAUAAAAAACACAAUAACAACAAAUAAUUCUAAUACAAUGACUUAA